CUGUUAUGCCCCUCCACCUGCAACAACAGCAACGAGUCAACAGCAACAACAAUAACAGGACAACCCCAUUCUAUCAACCUCUGGAGUUUCGAAGUCUCAAAUCCUAUUAUCAACAAACUAUGCAACCAACCAACCGCCACUGAUCACUGAACCGAAUCAACCCAGAAACAAAAGAAGAAAAGAAAAAGAAAAUGGCAAAUCAAGACAACAACAAUAACACUCUCCAAGUUUUCUGCAUUGGAACAGCUGAUACAAAGCUCGAGGAGCUCCGAUUCCUCUCCGACUCCGUUCGAUCCAAUCUCAACAGCUUUUCCUCUCACUCCUCCUCUAAGGUACAGGUGACGGUUGUUGAUGUUUCCACUAGUCAGAAGGAGACAGAGAGUUGUGGGGAUUUCAAAUUUGUGUCAAGGAAGGAUGUUCUGUCAUGCUAUUUUGGAUCAGACGAGCGAUCCCACACCUUGCUUCCAGAUGAUAGGGGCAAAGCUAUUGCUAUAAUGAGUAAAGCAGUCGAAAAUUUCCUACAAAAAGCCCACAAGGAUUGUGCUCUUGCCGGAGCUAUUGGACUUGGGGGUAGUGGAGGCACGUCUCUGCUAUCAUCAGCUUUAAGAUCUCUUCCAAUUGGAAUCCCUAAGGUCAUUGUAUCAACUGUAGCUAGUGGUCAGACUGAACCUUAUGUUGGAACAUCGGAUCUGAUAUUGUUUCCAUCGGUUGUGGAUGUUUGUGGUAUUAACAAUGUAAGUAGGGUCAUUCUGUCAAAUGCCGGAGCUGCUUUUGCUGGAAUGGUGAUAGGAAGGCUUCAACUUCAAGCUUCACCUUCUGCUAAGAGUGAUAAGUUCACAGUCGGUAUAACCAUGUUUGGGGUUACCACUCCUUGUGUAAAUGCUGUCAAAGAAAAAUUGCUCAAAGAAGGCUAUGAAACAUUAAUUUUCCAUGCCACUGGGGUUGGGGGCAGGGCUAUGGAGCAUCUAGUUAGAGCAGGCUUCAUACAGGGUGUUAUGGACAUCACAACAACAGAGGUUGCAGAUCAUAUUGUUGGAGGUGUCCUUGCUUGUGACAGUUCACGCUUUGAUGCCAUUAUAGAGAAGAAGAUUCCCCUAGUUCUAAGUGUGGGAGCCUUGGAUAUGGUGAAUUUUGGCUCCAUGGAUACCAUACCUUCUAAUUUUCAGCAAAGAAAGCUUUACAAACACAAUGAGCAGGUUUCGUUAAUGCGAACUACAGCAGAUGAAAACAAGAAAUUUGCUGCUUUUAUAGCAAACAAACUGAACAAGUCAUCAUCAAAGAUACGUGUUUGCCUCCCAGGAAAAGGAAUAUCUGCUUUGGAUGCACCUGGGAAGCCCUUUUACGAUCCUAAGGCUACUGGUGCUCUUAUAGAUGAACUACAAAGGCUUAUUCAGACAAAUGAAGACCGGCAGAUUAAGGUGUCUCCUUAUCAUAUUAAUGACCCUGAGUUUGUUGACGAAGUGGUUGGUUCAUUCUUAGAGAUUUGCAAGAAUCUUAAAUAUACCAGUGAUCAGCAAGAUUUUGUUGAUCCUAAUCAUAACCUUCAAGAGGGGUCUGCUUCCAAGACAAAUACAUCAGGCUAUGGCACAAUUUCUUACAGCUUGAGUGACUUCCCUGAUGCAAAACCAGAAACGUUGCAAAGAACAAAGGUGAUACUGCAGCAACUGAAAGAUCAAAUGAGGGCGGGUAAGCCCAUUAUAGGGGCUGGUGCAGGGACAGGCAUAUCUGCAAAGUUUGAGGAAGCUGGUGGUGUGGAUCUGAUAGUCUUGUACAACUCGGGACGCUUCCGAAUGGCAGGAAGGGGUUCCUUAGCAGGUUUAUUACCUUUCGCUGAUGCAAAUGCAAUUGUGGUUGAUAUGGCCAAUGAAGUCUUGCCUGUGGUGAAAAAAGUACCAGUACUUGCCGGUGUAUGUGCUACUGAUCCUUUUCGCCGAAUGGAUCACUUUUUAAAGCAGUUGGAGUCAAUAGGAUUUUAUGGGGUGCAAAACUUUCCAACUGUUGGGCUCUUUGAUGGUAACUUUAGACAAAAUCUGGAAGAGACAGGAAUGGGAUAUGGCUUGGAGGUCACAAUGAUUGGGAAAGCUCAUAAAAUGGGCCUAUUAACAACCCCUUAUGCUUUCAACCCAGAUGAAGCCGUUGAAAUGGCAAAAGCUGGUGCUGAUAUCAUUGUAGCCCACAUGGGCCUCACGACAUCUGGAACAAUUGGUGCACAAACAGCUGUCUCAAUUGAGGAAAGUGUGGUUCGUGUACAAGCUAUUGCAGAUGCUGCACGUAGGAUCAAUCGUGAUGCUAUUGUGCUCUGCCAUGGAGGUCCAAUAUCCGGUCCAAAAGAGGCGGAAUUUGUGCUGAAGAGAACGAACGGAGUUCAGGGGUUCUACGGUGCAUCAAGCAUGGAGAGGCUACCGGUUGAACAAGCUAUAACAGCUACUGUCCAACAGUACAAAUCAAUUCCUCUGAAGUAAAGAAUUACAACGUUUCUGGUGUAUAAACAAAACUGUGUUAUAGGUAUGUUUGUCUUCACUUCCAAUUUCGUAUUUUCAAAAUUUUUGAAGAAAACAAGAAUUUAUGACGGAAAAUUUGAGAACUCGUUAUUGCAAUAUGCAAUAUUUGUGUUGAAGGUGUAAUUGAAGAUUUCUCUCCAAAAGAUGUGUAUUUCUUCCAUCAUAUUUACGCUAAUUGUGUAUUGCA